AUGACCGGUGACAACUUCGGCAACCAGUCACAGGCAUUCCUGGACUGGUUCAAGUCCCUUCCAGGGGCCACAUUUCACCCGGACAUCAUGCUCGAGGACCUGCGAGAUAGGGGCGCCGGGCGAGGAAUUGUCGCGACCGCAGAGAUAGCCCCAGACACAGUCCUAUUCACCAUCCCGCGCAGCCGCAUCAUCUGCCCGGCCACGUCAGAGCUGCCCUCCAAGAUCCCCGAGGUCUUUGCACGCGACAGCCAGGACGACAACGACGACGACGACGACUUCUCCGGUCCCAGCUCGUCAUCGUCGUCGCAGGACUCAUGGACCUCUCUCAUCCUAGUCAUGAUCUACGAGCACCUCCGCGGCCCCGCCUCGCCAUGGAAGCCCUACCUGGACAUCCUCCCGACGGCCUUCGACACGCCCAUGUUCUGGUCCGCGCCGGAGCUGCGCGAGCUGCAGGCCACCUCGGUAGCGUCCGUGGUCGGGCGCGCCGACGCCGACCGCAUGAUCGCCACCAAGAUCCUGCCCGUGAUCCGGGCGCACGCGGACGUCUUCUUCUCCGGGGGCCAGGAGCCCCUAUCCGACGACGAGCUGGCGAGCCUCGCGCACCGGAUGGGCAGCACCAUCAUGGCGUACGCGUUCGACCUGUCGCGUGACGACGACGACGACGAAGACGGCGAGCAGCAGCAGGAUGGCUGGGUGGAGGACCGGGACGGCAGGGGCGUGCUGGGGAUGGUCCCGAUGGCGGACCUGCUCAACGCCGACGCCGAUUUCAACGCGCACAUCAACCACGAGGAGGGCGCGCUGGUGGCCACGGCGCUGCGCCGCAUCGCCCCCGGCGACGAGGUGCUCAACUAUUACGGCCCCGUGUCCAACGGCGAGCUGCUGCGCCGCUACGGCUACGUCACCCCGCGGUACCGCCGGUGGGACGUCGUCGAGCUGCCCUGGGCCCUGGUCGUGGCGCGCAUCAAGGGCCAGCUGGGCCUGGGCGAUGAGGUCUGGGCGAAGGCGGAGAAGAAGGCCGACCUGGACGACGUGGAGGAUGGCUUCGUCAUCGAAUGGGGUAGCGAAGACCCGGACUCGAUGGGCCACGUGGACGACACGCUCGAGUUCCAUGGGCUGCCCGACGAGCUGGCGGAGCAGGUCAAGGCGUUCCUCAAGGCCCUUCGGAAGGUCGACCCGAGCGGUGCGGGAAGCAGGCUGUCCGACUCGGAUGCGCGGCUGGGCGUCUUCCUCGCGAGCGUGCUGGGCGCGUUGGAGGACAGGGCGGCACAGUACCCGACCACGCUGGAGGAGGACAUGGCAAGAGGGGAGAGGGAAAACCCGGCCGGGAGGGUGGGGAAGGCCCUGGCUGUGCGUGUUGGCGAGAAGGUGCUCAUCCGGGAAGCCCAGAGGUGGGUGCGCGACAAGCUGCAGGAACUGGGGCCAACGGCAGGGCAGUCCGAUGAGCCGGCUGUGAAGCGGCAGAAGUUGAGAAGGUAA